AUGAGCCCCAAGGGAGAUUUCGCCACCGUCCGCAAGGACAUCAAGGCCCUCCUCAACCAGCCAGAAUACGAUGACGGCUCUGCAGGCCCAGUCCUCAUCCGCCUCGCCUGGCACUCGUCCGGAACCUACGACAUCCGCACCGACACCGGUGGCUCCAACGGCGCGGGCAUGCGCUACGAGAUCGAAGGCGGCGACCCCGCGAACGCCGGCCUCCAACACGCACGCGUCCUCCUCGAGCCCGUCAAGGCCGCCCACCCAUGGAUCACCUACGCCGACCUGUGGACUCUCGCCGGCAAGGUGGCACUCGAGGAGGCUGGUGGUCCCGAGAUCGCGUGGCAGGGCGGCCGUACCGAUUAUGUCGACGACAGCAAGAUCAAGGAGAUCCGCGGCAGGCUGCCAGAUGCAGCGCAGGGGAGUGAUCAUCUGAGGAACAUCUUCUACAGGAUGGGGUUUAAUGACCAGGAAAUUGUGGCGUUGAGCGGUGCGCAUACGCUUGGGAGGUGCCAUGGGGACCGAUCGGGGUUCGAGGGGAAGUGGGUCAACAACCCGACGAGGUUCUCGAACCAGUAUUUCAAGCUGCUGACGACGCUGGAGUGGGAGCCGAGGACGCUGGCGAGCGGCGUGAAGCAGUUUGGGUAUACGGAUGAGGAUACCGAGACGGAGCUGAUGAUGUUGCCGAGUGAUAUGGCGUUGUUGGCUGAUAAGGGGUUCGAGCCGUGGGUGAAGAAGUAUGGUGCGGAUAAGGAGUUGUUCUUCAAGGACUUCGCGGUAGUGUUUGCGAAGUUGAUGGAAUUGGGGAUUAAGAGGAACGAGAGGGGUGAGGUGACGAACUUGGAUAAUGAGAAGGGUGGAUAUAUCUCGGCGCCGAAGAAGGCGGAUACCCCUGGCUACAAGAAGCACGCUGGUGAUGAUGGACAGCCCGUUGCGGAGGCCGAGGGCCUUGAGAAGAAGAACGCACAGUACAGAUCGAGACUGUAA